AUGAUCCUGCAGCUGGCGGCUCUGGUACUGCUAGUCCUGGACCAGGCCGGGGCGGUGGACCUGGGGGUCCCCGAGACCCCCUCCGGACCCCCUCCGGACCCCCCAACGCCCCCCGCCCGACGCCCCGAGGGUCGGCCCCACGUCCUGACCGGUGCCAGCUGCGAGACGCCCCCGGCGCCUCCUCCGCGCGGCCCUCCGGGGCCAGGCCCGGCCUCGGCACGAGGCAGGCGUCGACGUCGACGCUCGGUGUCGCGGGCUCGACACGUGGAGCUGCUCUUGGUGGCCGACGCGUCCAUGCGGAGGACCUACGGCCAGGGCCUGCAGCAUUACCUGCUGACCCUCGUGGCCAUCGCCUCGCGCCUCUACGGACACGCCAGCCUGGAGAACCCCGUCCGCCUGGCCGUCGUGCAAGUACUGGCCCUGGACGAAGACCAGAACCAAGACCAGGACACGGACCGGGACGAUGACCGAGGACCCCCCGUCCACCGCAACGCGGCCGCCACCCUCAAGGCCUUCUGCAAGUGGCAGCACCGGCGAGGCCGGCAGGGCGGAGGACGCGGGGGCCACUAUGACGCCGCCAUCCUCUUCACAAGGGAGGACCUGUGUGGCCACCACUCCUGCGACACCCUGGGCAUGGCAGACGUCGGGACGGUAUGCUCCCCCGAGCGCAGCUGCGCCGUCAUCGAGGACGACGGUCUCCACGCGGCCUUCACCGUGGCCCAUGAAAUUGGCCACCUGCUCGGCCUCUCCCACGACGACUCCAAGUUCUGCGAGGAAAACUUCGGCGCCACAGAAGACAAGCGCCUGAUGUCGUCCAUCCUGACGAGCAUAGACGCCUCGCGACCGUGGUCCAAGUGUACGUCGGCCACCAUCACCGACUUCCUGGACGACGGCCACGGGAACUGCUUGCUGAACGUCCCCAAGAAGCAGAUCCCGGGGCCCGAGGAGCUCCCGGGCCAGACGUACGAUGCCAUCCGCCAGUGCCAGCUGGCCUUCGGGCCCGAGCACACCGUGUGCCCCGGCAUGGACGUCUGCGCCCGGCUGUGGUGUGCCGUCCUGCGCCAGGGCCAGGUGGUCUGUCUGACCAAGAAGUUGCCCGCCGUCGAGGGGACGCCCUGUGGCAAGGGGAGAAUUUGCCUGCAAGGCAAGUGUGUGGACAAAACCAAGAAAAAGUAUUACUCGGUCUCCAGUCACGGCAACUGGGGGUCGUGGGGACCCUGGGGUCAGUGUUCCCGCUCCUGCGGAGGAGGGGUCCAGUUCUCCCGCCGCCACUGCAACAACCCGGCCCCCCGAAACAACGGCCGCUACUGCACCGGCAAGCGGGCCCUCUAUCGCUCCUGCAGCAUCACGCCGUGUCCCGACAGCGGCAAAAGCUUUCGCCAGGAGCAGUGCGAGGCCAAGAAUGGCUUCCAGUCGGACGCCAAGGGGCUGAAGACUUUUGUGGAGUGGGUACCCAAAUACGCGGGCGUCCUUCCGGCCGACGUCUGCAAGCUGACCUGUCGAGCUAAAGGGACCGGCUACUACGUGGUUUUCUCCCCAAAGGUGACGGACGGGACCGAGUGCCGGCCCUACAGCAGCUCGGUCUGCGUGCGGGGCAAAUGCGUGAAGACCGGCUGCGACGGGGUCAUCGGCUCCGCGCCGCAGUUCGACAGGUGCGGGGUGUGCGGAGGCGACAACUCCAGCUGCACCAAGGUCACCGGGACCUUCAAUAAGAGGAGCAAGGGGUACACGGACGUGGUCCGCAUCCCCGAGGGCGCCACCCACAUCAAGAUCCGCCAGUUCAAGGCCAAGGACCAGAGCCGCCUGACGGCCUACCUGGCCCUGAAGAGGAAGAGCGGCGAGUACCUGCUGAACGGCGGCUACGUCAUCUCCACGUCCGAGACCGUGGUGGACGCCCAGGGCACCGCCCUCAACUACAGCGGCUGGAGCCACCAGGACGACUUCCUCCACGCCAUGGGCCACGCGGCCACCCGCGAGGUGCUGGUGGCCCAGGUCUUGGCCACCGACCCCACGCGGCCCGUGGACGUCCGCUACAGCUUCUUCGUGCCCAACCGGGCGGCCCCCGGGUCCAACGCCGUGCCCGGCCGGGCCGCCCCGCGCUGGGUGACCGGGCCCUGGCUCUCCUGCUCUCGGACGUGCGACCGGGGCUGGCAGUCCCGGACCGUGCAGUGCCAGGACGGAAGCAAGAAGUUGGCCAAGGGCUGCCUCCUGCCCCAGAGGCCUACCGCCUUCAAGCAGUGCCUGCUCAAGAAGUGCUGACCCCCAGGCCUGGGGCCCAGUGGCCGUGGGAGGGGGCCGGUCCGGGGGGCGUCACGCCAACCGGGGGCAGGAGGUGGGCAGGAUCGACCCGCCCCGCAAGACGACAACGGAGAGGGCCCUCGUCUCCGCACAGGAGACCGUGGGACGGAUCCAUCGCGGUAGGCCGUGGGGUGAAAGGUCACCGGACGACCCCCGUGGCUCCGGGGCCCGCUCCCUUCCUCCCCCGCAGAGAGCGGACCCCUGGCACUGACCGUCACGCAUUUGGAUUUUCACUCCUGGCGAAUACAUCUCCCGGGGACGUCGCUCGAUGCCACUUGACGCUACAAGGAAACGAGAAACAGCCUCUCCGGAAACCAAGCGGUCGGCUGACGUGUUUCUGCGUCCGUCUCCCACUCGUUGCUGUUCCCGAUGAGGUGACCUACGUUUCGGUCAUCGGAGAGGGCCACACGACCACUUCCUGAUGGCACGAUUCUUUAUGUGGUCUAACAUCGCCCCGCCCGUAAAGGGGAAACGCACCAACAGGGAUUCACAGAUCGUUUUGUGCAUGUGUGUUCAUGCGCACGCACACGGUAAAAAGUGACAUCUGAUAUGUCAAAAUUUGGAACAAUAAAAAAGCAUGUUGCUGCGUUCUGUGACGAUCCCAAACUGUUUUGUUAUCUGCCACUCCCCCGCUGAAAUCUAACAAUGUGUAAUGUACCUACAUGUCUCGAAGAAGGCGUGGAAGGUCAGCAGAGCACAGCAAAUAGUAUUUUAUCGAUGUCUGUUCACCGUUUUUAAAACCGGUACCCAUCCGCCAGCAAAACUUUCCGACUUGUCAUUUUUCUGUUUUCAUUUGUUUUAUGACUAGAGGAACCAUUUCGGUUUUGUUCGGAGUCUAAAGCGCACCAAGAUCACUAAGGAGUUAACUCCAUCUCGAUCUGGUGGUUAAAUCCCUAUCAAAUAAGACUGUUUCCACAGAGUGAAAUGUUAUUCCUUAUUGCCUGGAUCCCAUCGUCUGACUUUUUUUUUUUUUAACCACUUGAAAAGUUUUUUGAAGCCGCAGCCAGGGUGAAAUGGAAAAAAAAAACUAUUCAGGAAGGGUUGGGUAUUUUUUUGAAGUCUUGUGUAGGCAGAGUAGAAGUAUUUGAAACGGAGUUAACCAUGCUUUGCUUGUCAGAGCGCAGUCGGUGGGGUCUUAAUGGUGAGGCGAAAGAUGGAAAGUUGCAUUUCAGACCGAUUUUGUCAUCAUUAGCUCAGACACUUGGGAAAUUCCUGCCAUAGCAAACCUGUGUCGAGCACAGCCGGACGGUAAGUGCUUACUGCACACUGUUAUACUUACCGUUCUUAUUUUAUCCCGCUGCCUUCAACUGAAAAUACAAAUCAGCCCUCCCACCCCCUUCCAGGGAUAGGCAGGGGUUCGGGGGUCAGGCAUUGAGUCGGGGAAUAGCAAUAAUGUCAUUUGUUAAGCUCUCACUGUGUGCCAGGCACUGUACU